AUUGGUGGGUGAAAACUCGCUUCAGGAAGCAGUGUGGUGAAUUACAUUUGCCCAUUUGCCAACUGAAAAUCCUCACGAUAAUCUGCCUCAGAGAUUCCAACUACAAGUCCUUCUCACAGAGUGUAGUCAUGGCUGGAAGGAGAGUCCUGGUCUUCCCCUCAUCAGCAGAGCUCGGUCCAGUCCUGGCCCAGCUGGUGACUUCACGGGCUGAGAAGGCCAUCGGCUCUCAUGGCAGGUUCACUCUGGGACUCUCUGGAGGAAGCCUUGUGUCCAUGCUUAGCAAAGAGCUGCUUGCCCUGUCAGAGCUGGACUGCAGCAAGUGGUUGGUCGGUUUCUGCGACGAGCGCCUGGUUUCCUUUGACGAUCCAGAGAGCACCUACGGGCUGUACAAGAGUCAGUUAUUUUCCAAGAUCAACAUCCCCGAAAGUGGGAUCUUGACGAUCGACUGUUCUCUGCCAGUGAACGAGUGCGCUGAGGAUUACACGCGUAAACUGAAAGAGGUCUUCCCAGAUGAUGACUUCCCUGUGUUUGACCUAUUGCUGUUGGGAAUGGGGCCUGAUGGACACACCUGUUCUCUUUUCCCAGACCACCCUCUUCUGGAGGAAACCAAGAAGAUUGUGGCUCCUAUCAGCGACUCUCCCAAACCACCGCCACAGCGUGUAACUAUGACUUUCCCAGCGGUGAACUCUGCACGUUGUGUGGCUUUUAUAUCAACAGGAGGAAGCAAAGCACCCGUUUUGAAGGAAGUGUUGGAGGAUGGAGAAGCUUCACCGUUUCCAGCAGCACGAGUUGUCCCAACUAAGGGCGAGCUGUUCUGGCUUGUUGAUGAACCAGCAGCUGCCUCUUUAACUAUCCAGGUAGAGAGGCCAGGCUCAGGAGCCAAGCUGUAGAUCUGCCUGACUAAUACAUGCAAGGAGCUCAAUGAAGAGUCUGGAAAAUAGUGCAGUUCAUUCCUCAAUCAGUGAAAUGUUUGUUUGCGUGCGCACGUCUGUGUGUGUGUGUGUGUGUGUG